AUGUCAUUGAAUGGGCUGAAAAGUUAUAUAGCGAAACGGAGAACCGUGCACAUUAUCUCGUUUCCAUUCCUUCUCUGCAAGGAGCUUGAGGAGAUCGAUCCGGUACGAACGAAUUUUUGGAGAUAUCAACAGGCUUUGGCUGAGAACAAACACGAAAAGCAAAUUCUUCACGCCCAACAACAUCCAAGAUUUCUUUCGUAUUCUUCCAGCGCU